AUGGCGCAACCUUCGCUGUCGCCAGACUCGGCAAAUCUAUCAGACCUCGACACACCCGGCUACGAUAGCGACUCUGGUCAGACAGACGCGUCAGCUGACCACGAGCUGCUGAAAGAUUCCGAGACCAGUAGCGAGGAGCCGAGUCUAGAAGAUGAGGCAGCUCGUUUGGAUGCUUUCCAGGAUGCAAUCGUUCGGCAAGCCGAAGUCGAGCAACGCAAUAGGGCGGCGGAUCCGUCAGCAGGGCUGCUGGUCCGGUCAAGGCAUGCAAUGGAAACGGCUCGUGAGUAUCAGCAAGAACUUUUCGAAAGAGCCAGAGAUGAAAAUGUUAUCGCCGUGCUUGAUACAGGCAUGGGAAAGACUCUGAUCGCCGCCAUGCUCAUACGCCACGUCCUCGACCAGAGCAUACUCUCUGAUCAACGAAAAUGCAUCUUCUUCCUCGCCAACAAUGUUCCACUCGUCCACCAGCAAGCUCGCUACCUCGCGAACAAUCUCCCAGUCCGUAUUCAGCCUCUCACUGGAUCAGACGGGGUCGACAAGUGGAACGGAGACACAUGGCGAAACAUUCUCAACGACGUGAAUGUGUUUGUGUGCACUGCUGCUGUGCUUGAGCAGGCGCUUUUCCACAAUUUCGUUCGCAUGGGGACAAUCAGUCUAAUCGUCUUCGACGAGGCUCAUCAUUGCAAGAAAAGCCACCCAUACUCUCGCAUCGUCAAGGAUUAUUACCUCAAGACGGCGACCGUCGAGGAGCGACCGCGCCUGUUUUCGAUGACUGCUUCUCCGAUCGACUCCAAGCAGGAUCUCAGCAAGACCCUCGCCAACCUUCAAGAAUUGCUGCAUAGCAAGAUUGUCACUGUACCAGACGACUCGCUCGUUGAUUGGGCUUACAAGCCUAAGGACGUCAUGUGGGAGUACGACUACCCUGGACCUGAAGUCCGGACGCCACUAUAUGAGACACUCAGCCAACUAGCUGUGCUGUUGCCCUCGGUCCAGGCGGAUUUACGAAACGCACCCAAGAUUUCGUCUCAUCUGGGUACUUGGUUUUCGGACAGAAUGUUGCGACACCAUUUUGGUACGGAUGAGCUUGUUCGUACCCUUUACGGCAAGUUCGAACGUGGCAAUCACUAUGCUCAGAUGUCGGAGACUGCGCGAGAGGACUUCAGAGAGCGGCUGUUCGCUGCUCCUGCCGAGGUUAGACAACGGUGUACGCUUGCUUUGCAGCCACAGCUACCUUUCAUGUCGCCGAAGGUCCGAUUACUUUACGAGAAGCUGAACGACCUCUUUACGAACAAUCCAGAUGCACGGGCCAUGGUAUUUGUCACCGAGAGGUGGACAUCCAUCGUCCUUUGUGAAGCUUUCCAGGCUCUCAACAUACCACAUCUGAACCCCGGAUAUCUGACGGGUGCAGGCAGCAUCUCAAUACGUCAGCAAGAGGAAACCAUGCAGCAAUUCAAAAUUGGCGCUAUCAACGUCCUUUUCACAACAAGUGUAGGCGAGGAAGGAAUUGACAUUCCACAAUGCAACAUUGUAGUUCGCUUCGAUCUCAGCAAUACCACGAUUCAGUAUAUCCAAGGGCGUGGUCGAGCCCGUAUGAAAGACUCAAUCUAUGCCCACAUGAUCGAGCGAAAUAACCCGUUGCACAAGGACAACGUGCAAUUCUCCAUUGACGAUGCCGCAUACAUCAAGGCUUUUUGCCAGCAGCUCCCUGCUGAUCGAAUGCUCGGGAAAGGAACGCAGUUGGCACAGAUGCUAGCCAAGGAAUCGUCCUAUCGAUCAUUCGAGACAUCAGCAGGGGUGUGCUGUAAUUUCAGUAAUUGUCUGGUCAUACUCAGCCGUUAUGCGAGCUCGCUCUAUCACAUUGGCGCCACUACCUCGGAAACGUACGAGGAAGUGCUCCAGGAGGACUCGGACGAACCUACCUUCCAGUACAUCGUUCGCUUGCAGCCGGUCGGUGAGUCCAUCGUGAAGGGUGCGAAGGGUGAGCCUCGCCCGAACAAAAUCCUUGCUAAACGCUCGGCCGCAUUCGAAUGUGUGGUCAAACUUCGAGCCGCCGGAUUGCUUGACGACAACCUGGACAGCAAAUUCAAGCGAAUACGGCGUGUCGAGCGCCGUAUGGCUGUCAAUGAGCGAAAGCACCCGUAUGAUAUGGUCUCGAAACCUAAGCUUUGGACAGAGGCCAUUGGUUCCAUUCCAGACACUCUGUAUGCCACAACGAUCGACUUCGACCCAGCCUCUUCAUUAAGUUCUCCGCUGGCACCGAUGGUCAUGCUCACUCGUGUGCCAUUGCCCGCCUUUCCGAAGUUCCCCAUCUUUCUGGAGGAUGACAUACGGACAGACGUUGUCACCAGAUCUGUGGGGUCUUUCGCCGUCCAGCCGUCGGAGCUAGAAGUACUGACAUGCUAUACACUCAAUGCUGUGUUCCACGACGUCUUCAACAAGCGAUAUGAGCAUGAUGCUAGCAAGAUGGCCUAUUGGCUGGUUCCACGCAAUUGCUCAGGCGGCGAAGCGGCAACACUUGAUGCAGUCGUCGACUUCGACCAGAUGAAGGCAUCUGCUGAUCCACGAGGCGAGUGGAAGGAUAAUGCUGAGGCUUCCAAAUGGUGCAACGCGUGGCUCGUGGAUCCACUUAGUGGCAAGCAUCACUAUAUCACAGAAACAAUCGUUGAUGGAGUCAGUAUCCAUGACCCCGAACCUGUCGAGUUCCUGCCGAAAAUUGGUAAAAAGAGAGAACAACAGAGUAUCAUUGACUUCACGGAUAGUCACUGGAGGAAGGACGAGAGAAACAAGUUCACCAAACGAAGAGACGGCAAGCAACCCGUGCUCAGAGCAGAAGAACAGUCGCUCCGUCGCAACUUCCUCGAUAAACCCACAGAGCAGGAGAAGCAACGCCUGAUUCGGUGGAUCGCUCCUGAACCUCUAUUGCUGGGGCGUCUGACUGUAGAAGCUGCACGUGCUGCACUGGCGUGGCCAUCGAUCAUUCACCGCAUCGAAGCGUAUUUGAUCGUGCUUGAGGCCCUCGACUUGCUCGGACUACAAGGAAUUCCUGCAGAACUGGCACUAGAGGCGUUUACGAAAGACAACAACAUCGAUGACCAAGAAGGUCGUACUCACGCGACGAAGUGCCGCGGAAUGGGCUCGAACUACGAGCGACUUGAGUUCAUUGGUGACGCCCUGCUCAAAUUGUGCAGCACCCUCGCAGUGUACAUCCGCACACGCGCUAAGGAAGGCGACAUGCAUGACCGUCGAAAGUACAUUCUUUGCAACGACACUCUCUGCAACAUAUCGGUCCAGGUAACACAUAUGUACCAGUACAUACGGUCCGACGGCUUCAACCGACUGACAUGGUAUCCUGAGAACAUGGUCCUUAUGAGUGGCCGCGGAGCAACAGGAGCAGGUGUCAAGCACGAGCAGCAGUCGCAUGAUCUCGGCAACAAGACCAUAGCCGAUGUCAGCGAAGCCACGAUCGGCGCCGCAGUCAUGACUUGCGCACAUCUGCCUGUUGAGACCCGCUUCGACCUUGGUAUCCGUGCGAUCACCAAGUUGACUGGCAGCGAAGACCACCAGUUCUCCAGCUGGGCCGAGUUUGCAGCCCAACACAACUUCCAGGACUGGCAGACGCGACAAGAUGAUCCACUCGCAAAUCAACUAGCUGCAACACUCGAGCGCUUGACCGGCUAUAAGUUCAAGUUUCCUCGCCUCGCCCGCUCCGCAUUCACCCAUCCCUCUGAGAUGAACUCACCCGUGCCAGACUACCAACGCCUCGAAUUUCUUGGAGACGCAAUCUUCGACUGGGUCGCAAUCUGGAUGCUUUUCAUCACCAACGCCUCCCGCAAUCCCGAGUGGCUGACCGAGCACAAGACGGCCAUGGUCAGCAACCAAUUCCUCGCGGCCCUUGCCGUCCUCCUCGAGUUCGACAAGCUCCUUUUCAUUACCAAUGUCAAGAUGAAAGCCGCUAUCAGCGAGUACGCCUCCGAGUGUCGUGCACGCCGCGCGGAGGAGGGGCCUGACCAUCCGGAUUUCUGGCGCCGCAUCAAAAGCCCGCCUCCAAAAGCCCUCGCUGAUCUAGUCGAAGCGACACUCGGCGCCAUGCUAGUCGACAGCAACUUCUCUUACGCCCCCAUCGAAGCAUUCUUCACCACCCAUGUCCAGCCCUUCUUCAAGAACAUCGAGCUGUACGACGGCUACGCGAACAAGCAUCCCACGAGCUUGAUCCAUAAGGUGAUCAACGGCGAGUAUGGCUGUCGGCAGUUCCGCAUUGAAGUGCGCAACAUGAAGGGCGAGAAAGUCGACGCAGAGGCUUACGGCGCAGAGACCGCCUACGACAAAUUCGCGAGUGUGGAGGAAGGCGAGGAGAUCAUGGCGACGGUGUUCAUUCAUUCUACGGCGUUGGACUUUAGUCAUGGGACAAGCGCGAGGUAUGCGAAGGUCAGAGCGUGUUCGAAGGCGUUGAGGGUUUUGGAUGGGUUGAGCAGGGUGGGCUUCAAGGAGCGAAUGGGCCACUGGGGAGCACUUUGGAUGGCGAAGUUGAUGCUUCAGGAACCGCCGGAGCGCGACUCAGACGCUAUGGCAUCGAGGAAGCCCGACCCUGCAACAGCAGAAUCAGCUGAGGUAGACUGUGAAAGAAAGGAGAAGAUGCUCGAAUGA